CAUCUGGCUGCCGGAAGGGUCGCUUUUAUCGUAAGAGAAGUCUUCGGGGGCGGAGAUCGGUGCCGGAGGCGUUAGAGGGAAACAAGCCGCGACGAAUGGCCAGUGCUUUUUCGACCGGAGGUGUUUUUACGUUACCGCGAGAAAGACGCGUACAACGCGCGGGAGAAGCGUUUUAAGGAGCUAAAAUGAUUUCUCUGGAAAGGCUGUCGAGGCUCCGGGAAUCUUGAUUCGGUGUGCGCGUGCAAGCGGGCCGACCCCCACUUCCCUGGAGGCCACGAGAUUUUCAAACCUAAACAUGUCCAAAAAACACAAAAAGAAAUCAGGUGGAAAGCAUGAUACCUCAGAUAAAAAGAAACCUGAAUCAGUAGAAAUUGGGAAUAGACAUGCAAAAGAACAGAUGGACCAAAGAUUGGGCAAUAGUGCUGGAUACGUGAAAGCAAAAAUGAGUUUGGAUCUCAAAAAUUCUAGUACAGGACUCGAAACAAAGAUACCAAAAGUUUCACAACACAUUAAUGGUGCUUUAAUGCCUCCUGAAGAGCGUGAAAAGAUCACCAUGCAAUUUAAAACCAAGGCUAAACUUUGUGGGAAAAGAAGCAUUGUGGAGUCUGUAGCUGUCUUCCCACAUAAAGAACAGUCUGGCACAAAUGGUAGUGAUCCUGAUGAUAAAAAAAGGAAGAAAUUGUCACAAGAUUUGGGGAUCAUAAACAUCAGAGAGAAGGACAAAAAAAAAGGUAAAAUGGAGUUAAAAAAUGUAAUUAUAAAACACAUGAUGGAGGAAUUCAAGGAAACUGCAAAAUCUACAGAAUGUUCAUUUCUUCAGAAGAAAAAAACAUUAAAAUUGAUUGAACUCACCCAGAAAAAGAACUGUACAAAAAACCAGCAUGUUCCAGGUUUACCUUUUACUUUCUCAGAUUCUAAAGUGCAUACACAGGCUUGCAAAGAAGAUAAUCUCGAGGAAGACAAGCAUCCUUCUUUGGAACUUUCCUGCAAAAAUUGUAAAGAAGUGAAAUGCACACCCUCACAUCACCUGGCUAAGCUGCCCAGGUAUUGGAAGUAUAAACAGGAAGAGCCAAUACAUAUUGAUUCCACCAAGAAUAUUUGUAAUUCAAGGAUUCAGAGAAAUAAAUUUGAGCCUGUCACAUUUCAUUCGAGUCAGAGCUCUGAACCCUCAUGUUCUUCCCUUGAAACUAUUGAAAAUACAGAUGUGGACCAAGAGAUGCAGAUUGUAGAAGACUUGCAUGCAGCUCGUACUGAAAAGAAGAUGGAUCUGCCUGUGGUGCAGACUUGUGGAGAAUUAACUUGCAUGGAAAUAGAUCUCUCAAAUGAUGAAUCACAUAUAACUUCUAAUUUUUUUUCUGGUUUGAAUACUUUGAUUGUGAUUGAUACUAAUAUAAUGAUCAGCCAUUUGGAAUACAUCAAAUAUUUGAAGAAUGCAGAUAUCCCAGGUUUAGGCAGAUUUUUGCUAUUGAUUCCCUGGGUAGUUUUGCAAGAACUGGACAACUUAAAGAGAGGGAAGAUACUGGCAAAUGUUGGGCAAAAAGCAAUCCCUGCAGUUCGCUUCAUCUACACUUGCCUGAAAAAUCAAGAUCCCAAGUUGUGGGGUCAGUCCAUGCAACUUGCUUCACAGAAAACACAAAGUUUCAAUACUGAGAACAACGAUGAUCGUGUGUUGCAAUGCUGCCUUCAGUAUCAGAACCUCUGUCCUCAGGUUGAAGUAAUCUUGCUGACGGAUGAUAAAAAUUUGUGCAACAAAGCCCUAGUGAGUGAAAUAAAGGCAUAUAGUAAAGCAGAUCUAGUUGCCGCGCUCCAGAAAAUGACUCCACAGGGCGUAAUUAUUAGUGAAGACACUUCCAAUAAGUUGGGAAAAGACAGAUACCCCAAGAAGGCUGAAAAGAUUCCUACUGAUCAUCUUUCAGAAAUUAUUUUUGACAUGGAAAAAAGCUUGAGAGAUGCUUUAUCUUCUAUUUUAGAAACAGAACUGAAGAUUGCUUUUGGAGAUCUAUGGAUUGAGAUAGUGUAUCAUAAACCCCCUUGGACACUAGCAAAUGCGUUGGAGUGUUACAAAAGACACUGGAUGGCUGUUUUUGGACAAGUUAUAUCCAGAAGCUUUUUACCAACUAUUGAAUAUCUCUAUGCGCAUUUCUAUAAAGGUAAAAUAAAGAAACGUUCAACACUGAUGGAAGUCCUCCAGGAAUCACAAAUGUUAUUGGAAAUGUUCAGUUCAAGGUCCAGCUAUGAUGGCGUUCUUUCACGGACUUUAGUUCAAGUCCAUAAAUUGCUCAAGGCUGUUGAGAAGAUGGAGUCAAGUACGGGAGAAAAUUCUGCAGAUACCCUGAAAUCUAAUUUGGAAAAUGAUACUUGUGAAAAAAUGGAAGAUGUGAUUUUAUCAGAACACACUCAGACAGGAGAUAAAUCUCUGUUCACAGAACCUUCAGUACAAGGAAAUAGGCAUAUGGAAAUUUGGUCUGUCCUUGAAAGUGUAUGGAACAGAAUAAAUGUGUUCAGUUUUGAAAUUUUCCAAAAACUAGACCUCAGUGCAAUACCCCCAACUCAGAAUAUGUCUUCAUUUCAAGAAGCUUUUAUGGGUCUGCAGAAAUUAAUAAGUACAGUGAAUGAAAUUCUUGCUGGAAUUCAGCAAGUUUUAGUGCCAAAUAGUAGCUUUCAAGAUGUUUGGGCCCUGUAUAGAGUCUUAACUAAUAAUGAGAUAAAUAAUAGUACAAAAUUUACUGCUGAGGAGCUUUAUGACUGCAUUUCCCAGGAAAUAUACAGAGCACGGUUAUCAGUUGGAUGUGGCCAACUAGUUCAGCUGGAACGUAAUGUUAGACAGUGCUAUGAAUCCGUCUGUUUGGAAAUCAAGAACAGAGGAUGGCUCUAAAUCCUUCAAUCGACAAACUUUUGAAAGAAGGAGUGGUUUUCUUCUCACCAGGCAAAACAAACCUAUGACACAGAAACUUAGACCUCUGUAAUUUAUCAGUCUUCCCUGCUUUCUUAGAAGCUUUGUUUAAAGAUCAUACUUAAAGAUACAUUAUGUUAAA